GACAUUGAAACUCGAGCAUUCCACCUUCUUCCUCAGUGGUCAACCUCUCCGAUCGCUCUGCAGCUGUUCGAAUGUCUUCGGCAGUUACAGAAGGAUUUAACCGGGACAUAGAGAGUGGCGUUCUGCCACCGCCGAACUUGGCCAUGACAGGGCAGUUUGAUCAAUCUUUUACACAGAACAAGGCCGUGCUGCGCAAGAACACAGAGUUGCACUUGGCAGCAGAGCGGGAUGAUGUUGCUUCCGUGAAGCGGAUCCUCCUCGAAGUCAACAGUCGACCGCCGAUUGGUGAGGCCAGCGCAGAAGCAAGCGUUGCUCCUCUGGAGUCGGUGGAUGAAGUGAACGAAUCAGGAGAGACCGCGUUGUUCGUGGCAGCAAAGAGAGGGCAUGCGAGCAUCGUGAAGGAACUGCUCAAGCAUUCGACCAGAGAAGGGGUUAUGAGGAAGAACCUUGACGGUUUGACUGCCCUGCACAUUGCUGCUGGUCAUGGACAUGCUGACAUUGUCCAAAUGCUUUUAGAAUAUGACCCCGAGUUGAUCAAGGCUGCCGGCCCCUCAAAUGGCAGCCCUCUUAUAAUUGCAGCUAAAAGAGGGCAUGCUGCUGUUGUUGAUCUGCUACUAGAAAAGGAUUGUAGCUUGUUCACAGCUCUCAAAUCGAAUGGAAGAAAUGCGUUGCACCUAGCUGCAAGGCGUGCAUUUGUAGAGGUUGUUCGAUCCUUGGUUGGCAAAGACAAGCAGUUGGGGCGGAGGAGUGAUUUGAAAGGCCAAAAUGCAUUGCAUAUGGCCGUGAGAGGAUAUAGUCAAGAAGUUGUUAAGUUGCUUAUUGAGGCAGAUCCAGCGGUGGUUGUGCUUCCUGACCUGCUUGGUAAUACAGCAUUGCAUGUUGCCACGAGAAAGGCCCGAGAUAAGUUGGUGGAGGUCUUAUUACUGUACCCUGAAACCAAUGUCAAUGCAACGAAUAAGGACCACAAAACUGCUCUUGACAUAGCUGAAGAGCUCCCUUAUUCUCCAGAGUCCAUUAACAUCAGAAGCUGCCUUUCUCGUAAGGGUGCUUCCCGAGCUAAUGACCUUGGAGCUGUCAAAGAACUCAAGAGAGCUCUUCAGGGAGGGAUCAACAGUGCACAUUCCGUAAAUAUGGCUGCCAUUCUCAUAGCCCAAAUAGCAUUUGCAGCCAUUUUCACUGUGCCUAGUGGUGGUGAUAAUAAUGGGAUUCCUCUAGCCAUGAGCAAUACCUCCGUUCAAGUACUGAUCAUCUGUAACUCUAUAGCAUUUUUUGCGUCCAUGGCGGUCGUGCUAAUCCAGGUCACGGUGACCAAAGGAGAGAUUGAACCAGAGGCACUUGCCAUGAUGGCGGAGGUAACAAGGAAACUCAUAUGGCUCGCGACAAUCUGCAUUUUUGUGGUAUUCAUGACUGCAAUAUAUGUAGUGGUUGGGAGGCGGAACGAGUGGGCUUCAGCCUUGAUUACGAUUACUGGGGGAGUUAUAUUACUGGGCUCUCUUGGCAUCAAGACUUACUAUGAGAUGAAAUUAAGGAGGAUUAGGUCAAUAAGGAAAAAGCAAACAUAGGCCAAGAGGUGUCUGGAUAAGUGGUCUCUCUUUACAGUCCUCCGGUUGUAUCUCUCUGUGCACUUAUGUAUCUCAACCAAAAAUGGCGGUUCGUAUUGGUUGAAGAUUCUGUUUAUCAAUUCUGGGUAAUUUCUAUGAAGGUGUAGAAGAGUGUUAGGUGCUGAGCCUAUGCCGAGUGUAUGCCAUAGUGGUCGUCCUCAGCCUGAGGCUAACCCAAAUUGAUUAUGGGAGGUGGAGUUACACUCGUGGUUAGAAAGAAAGAGAAGAAAAGUAGAAUGUAGGUCUCACAUGGUCUCUACUGUCAAUGUGUAAGAUUCAUCGGUAAUCUUAUGUUGGAUUCUAAUUCUAGUGUAAGUCAUUUCCCUGUGUUUAGCAUAGCAUAGUGUCUCACGAUGGAAUCAGUUGGCUCUAUUUACAUUGAGUUUACUCAGUGCAGAUGAUAUUGAGCUGGAUCUUUCCGAUCUGGUUUGCUGGGGAUGUUCUUCUUUAGCAUGAUAAUCCCAGACUCGUACUCACAGGCAUUCGAAAAAGAAGUCAUAACAUUAAUCAAGCACUCUUCUUCGUUGUUA